AUGCUAAACUCGAGCCCUCGAGGGAGACCGCCAACGAGAUUGAGUGACGUGUUCGCUACACGGAUGAGCCAGCUGAGAACUCAGCUGGACGGUUCAAAGAGCUCGUCAACGUCACUCACGAAACUUGAGAACAUCUUGGAUGACAAUGACGAGGAGACGAAACGAGUGCAAGAGAUGGUGGGACCUUCACGUCCAGUGAAGAUGUGCCAUCUAACGAAACGUUAUGUCUCUUCCGAGCUGAUUGUCGAUGCCAAGUUCGUGAAGGUCUUCCUUCGCCACUCUUGUUCAGAACAUAGGAUUGCUCUACAACUUCUUUUCCAAGGAUUCUCUCGUCGAACGAAAACAAAUUACACUAUAAUACGUGAUCGGGUUCUCUGCACCUUUCAACAGCAAGUUUUCGUUGUUACUGAGUACAUGAAACGUAUAUGGAGCAAAUGUAAGGUCAAUUUCUCUCGAGCUUCUCGCUUCAAACCUAUAAGCGAGAAGCAAUGGAAGGCUCUACGCUUAUCGUCAGCGGGUUUAACAGCAGCUGGUGCCUUCAUGGCAUACCAUUGCGACUACUCAUUCAAACCCAGCAUUGACAUUCUCGGAAGCGAAGAACAUAAUCGCUACCAAGUUCACACUGAUCACAAGCUGACUAAGCGAGAAUUACGAUUCCUGCAGUUCGCUUCAAUAGAGUACGACGAUGUUAUUUACAUGAGUCCUAUGGAUUUCAUCGAUUCCUUGACCUUGGAUGCUCCGAGAGAACGUGUCUACAGACGAGUACUGAAGGAAAACGAGUUGAAACAAAUACUCAAAUCGACGCCACCUUUUCGAUCUGGAAACAAAGAUUUAUUCCGAACUCUGGACCAGAAUGGAUUGAUAACGUACUCGGAAUACAUUUUUCUACUUACUCUUUUAACAAAGUCGAAAUCUGCCUUCAAAAUUGCAUUUCUUAUGUUUGACAAGGAUGACAACGGAAGGAUCGACAAGGAUGAGUUCCUUCUGAUUCGUAGUUUGACGUCUUCUCUCCGCUCAACACGUGGAGCUCAGAUGGCUCAGUCAGAGGAUCAGUGUCAGUUGGACCUCUCCGAUUUCCAUUUCUUGGUAUCGCGCACAUCCGAUCGACUCUUUAAAGGGACUGAUUCGUAUGCUUUCUUGUUUACUAAAAGUGAGGAAGAUGUAAAAAAACAAGACACGACGCUCUUGUUGCAUUUGUUUGGAGUUCGUGGUAAUGAUAAGCUUUCGUUUGAGGAAUUCAGGCACUUUUACCGGAAUCUCCAAGAAGAGAUUAUGGAGAUCGAGUUCCAUGAAUUCGCCCGCGGAAAGACGUCUAUCUCUCCCAUGGAUUUCGCUCGACUUGUUUUGAGGUACACUAUUGUUAAUACGGAUGAUUACCAUACUUACAUUAACCGAGUGAAGGAACGCUCCUCUCCAGAUGAUAAGGGAGUAACACUGAAGCAAUGGGCUCGAUUCUCUUUGUUUCUUAAUAACUUGGAGGAGUUCGCCACGGCUGUCCGACUUUACGCAAAUGCCGAUAUGCCAGUAUCUCCUCCCGAAUUCGCUCGGGCAGUCCAGACCACAAUAGGUGAACCGCUCGACCCAAACGUGGUCUCUCUAAUAUUCCGAAUCUUUGACGCAAACAAUGAUCAAACUCUUAGCUAUCCUGAAUUUUUAGCAGUUAUGAAUGAUCGGCUACACAGAGGGCUCAAGGGUAAACUCGAGAAAGCGUGGGGAUGGAGACCGUUCAAGAACUGUGUUAUCAAUGAACUCUCUCGCUACUAG